UUCAGAUUCUAUAUAGAACCAAAAAAAUCCUACCCUAAAGUUUUAAAAAGGAAUUGUUAUUAUAUAUUUCAUAUUUGACCAAUAUGACAGGUGUUUUAUGUAACGUUAAAUUUUUCCUCCAAAAUGAAAAAAUUGAGUAGGAUACACGUGUUUGGUACACUCAAAGUAGUCAUGCUUAUCUUACUUAUUAUUCUCACUAUAUAAGUAUUCUAUUGUUAUUAUCGAAGCAUUAUUCAUUGGUCUUUCCUAAGUAUGGAUCCUCACUCAUUACCAGUUUUCAAAGAAAAACGAAUAAGGAGAGAUGAAGAAAAUGAUGAUGGUGAUGAUACAAGUGGUGUCGAUCAUGUUGAUCGAUUCUCACAUAUGCCUGAACACAUCGUCCACCACAUCAUGACCAUCCUUCCCAUCAAGGAUGCAACCCACACUAGUGUCCUUUCCAAACACUUUUUGUUCAUUUGGCGUUCUUUUCCCACCCUCAAUUUUGAUUACCGAUUAUUCUCUACCUACACUAACAACGCCACUCAGCUCAGGUUUAUGGAUAGAAUCACCACUUCUAUAGAGAAUUACCACCUAGAUGGUGAUUUAGAAAGCCUCAGGAUUCGAUUUCCUUUAAGCAAAUUAUUCAAUGGCGGCAACAAUAACAUCAAUUUCUUUCUUAGUGAUUUACUAAGUUAUGCUUUGAUGAAUUCUGUCAAAAAAUUGAUUGUCGAUUGCACAAUUGAUUAUAUGAAGUUUUUUCGACCCAAAAAACGACAGACACCACCUCUUUUACCAGUUGAAGUUUUAUGGGCGAGAUCAAUCAAAACAAUGAAUUUGUGCGGUCUUACUUUGGUCAGCGAUGAAGAUGAUUUGAUCAUUAUAAAUUGUUCUUCAUUGGAGGAUUUGACUUUCGAGUGGUGCACUACCACAGCUAAGGCUGCUAGAGUGGUAGUCUCAUGUCCUAAACUCAGAACCGUAAAGUUCAAAGAUUGUAAAGAUUUUUACAUUAUUCAGGUGAUUGAAGAUAAGCUCGAAUCAUUUUCGUUUGAAUUAAGCCUUGAACGAAUUCAGUACAAUUGUCAGUUCGAUCUCCAUUGUUGUAAGUACUCUCUCAAAACCCUAAGCUUGAGAAACAUACAAGUUAGUGACGAGUGGUUUGCGAGCCAGGUUUCAGAGUUAGAGUCUCUUGAGUGUUUGAAACUCGUAAAUUGCAAAACACUACAAACUAUCAUAUCUACAUCUAACAAUAAUAUAGAGCGCAUUGAGUUGAUUAAUUGUGAGACAGUAGCAUAUAUCAAAGUUCUCUCUCCAAAACUCGAAUAUUUUCACUAUCAUUCUUCUAAAGAGUUUAGCACCAUGUUAUUACAGCUUUAUCUUUACCAAUGUGAUCGUUUAAGAGAUGUGAGACUAGAGGGUGCAAACAUAACAAACAAAUGGAUCAAAGACCAUUUUAAUCCAUUGUGGGGUUUUAGGGUUUUAGAGAACUUAUGCUUGAAGAGAUGCAAUCUUCUACAGAAAGUUGAGAUUCAUUGUAGUAGAAUUAGCAAACAACAUUUGAAAUUUGUUGAGUUGAUUGAUUGUGAGAAUGUGUCUUAUGUGGAGAUUGAUGCCCCAAAUCUAGUGUGGUUCAAUUAUGGUGGACCUUUGCCAUCUACAGUUGUGGUACCAUCCAUUAAUCUUGAUGCUCAGAUUUCUGUUCGUGGUGAUUAUAAUAAUACUCUUGACUAUUACCAAAACAUGAGGAACUUUCUAAGCUAUUUUGGUCAUUGCAAAACUUUGACUCUCGUUUGUUCUCAUGAAGAGGAUUUUAUCUUUCCUAAGGAAGCAAGAGAAGGUUUACUUUCUCCCUUGUGUGACCUUAAGCAUCUCAAAAUAAAGUUCUUGAAGGAAAUUAAAUUGGCCAACAUUGUGCAAUUGAUCAAGUAUUUAUUUUGGCUUGCUCCUUCUCUAAACACUAUAUUUAUCGCCACUAAUAAAGUAAAAUCACCAACAUUUGUAUUGAAGCUAUAUUACUCUAAUAAAAUGGAGGAAGAAGAAGGUGGAAUAAUACAAGAGUGUUGUGUUGAAUAUCCUGUAAAAUGCUGGCGACAUAAUUUGGCAAAAGUUGAAGUUACAGAUAAUUUUGAAGGUUAUGAAGAAAGGGCAAAAUUAUUGCACAUUUAUUUUUCCAAAAUUCCUAAUGUUACAAUAACCACAAACUCUCCUCCAAUCAUAGAUUCAGAGUAUUGGAAGAUCUCGUCGUUGCCAUAGGAUCUAAUCGAGCCUCUCAAACUCAACAAUUUUGAAUGGGAAGAUUUGGUCUCUGGUGACAAUAAGUUUUUGAUGACUGGGAAUGUCAUUAAAUUUCUUUGAGACUUAUUAAAAUAAAUUCUGGAUAUUUUGUGAUAAUUUCUAGGUUGUUUCUUUAAUUUUGGUUGGCUUUAAAAAUAUUGAGAUUGUGGGUUUGUUUCUUUAAUAAUUGGAGUAUUUUCUCCUGGAUUUUAGAUUUGGAUUUGGAUUAUAUUCUGGAUAAUUUGGUUUGAUGAACUGCGAUUUUAUUUGUGUUCUUUAU